AUGUUGCCCGGUAUAAGAACAAAUACGCACACGAACGCUGCUGCGACCCUACGUAUUACAAUCACCGCUCUCCCAUUCUUUGUCCGUUCACAUUACGCCUCGAAGCUCCACUCGCACUACGCGAGCAACUGGACACUGACAGUCAGUACCACUGACCUUCCUCACCUCCCCCACUACUCUUCCACCUCCCCCCCUUUUUUAUCGCUCUUGAUGCCCCCUCCAAAGAAAGGCAGCAAGCCCAAGGCUACCCCUACUAGCACCAAAGGUGCACCCUCUACCAAAGGGAAGGCAGGUACCAAGGGGACAGACAAGUCCAAAACUGAGAAGGGGAAGGACGGCAAGCCCAAAGAUGGACAGGCAAAUAAGAAGAAAAAAUGA